UCGAAGUCAAGAACGUUAUUGGGUGGGGGACAAAAGAUUUUUAUUCAAACAUUUUGCCUCCUAAUUAUAGAGUUGCAAUUUUCAUUUUAAAUUCUCUUCUAAGUUGGGUUCCUUUUCAAAGGUACCUAUUAAAGGAACCAGCAGCAACCAAAGAAACAAACACAGAGAGAGUUGAAGGAUGCUGAGAAAGGGUGAAGUUAUUAGGAGUUACCCUGAUGCUGCCCUUGGAUUAAACAUGGGGCCACAGCCACAGGCAAUAUUCCUUGAGAAAAGAGAUGGUGUUACUGUGAGUGAAGACUAUGGCAAGGGCUUCCUUGAAAACCAGCUCUGUGUGGAGGAUUUUGUGAAGAUACAACAGGUCUUUGAGUCCCAAGAUCCAAGACAAGCCAUUUACCUGCCCAGGGAAGAAUUCAUACAGAAGAUGACAGAGACUGUGGGUUGGGGCACAAAGGAAGAAUUUGGAGAACUCUUUGAUAAAGUGGAUGUGGCUCGGGAUGGCUUCGUUGACUGGAACAAGCUGACUUCAUUUAUCCUGCUAUCGCUUUAUGAGAGAGAUGAACGAGCAAAGGCAACAGUGGUCCCCCAAUGGAAGGACCUUGAGUUCCUCCCAGGAAAACACAAGGAUACCAUUCAGAAAGUAGUUUUCUUAAAAAGUUCAAGUCGUUAUUUAACUAUUAGCAAGGAAGGCUUACUAGGAGUGUGGGGAGAGAACUUGAAGUUGCAGGAAGCAUUUCCUAUCACUUCAGAUGCUGCCAAACUCAAACACCUCUGGGUGACAAGUUUGGUUUCUCUGGAAAAUGUUAACAAGAUAGCAGUGUCUUUUACAAGCAAAGAGAUUUGUUUCUAUGAUCUACUGUCCAAAGAAGAAUUUCCUUGUCAAUACAAACUCCAAGGCCUGAAAGGAACUCCCAUCUGCAUGGAUUAUUGGUAUGAUCCUCUUGAUCCCAAAGAAUCCGUUCUUUCUUUUGGGGAUAUAACUGGAAAGGUUCAAGUGAUAGCUUUCACAGCAGCUGUCAUUUCCCUUUUUGAACGGCCUGCUCACGCGUGUGAUGAUGAAGAAGCAACAAUGACCAUUGACUGGGCAGACUUGCUCUCUGGAUGUCACAAAUGCUGCCACAUAUUACAGCACACAUUUCAUCGUGGAGACUGGGUCAGGCAAGUUACUUACAAUGCCUCUUUAGAUGCUUUCAUUUCCAGUACAACCAGCAGUACAAAUACUGUGGUGCUGGCAUGGAGAGAGAAGUCAAAAAAACUCCUUAAAAUGACAUCUUUCAACAUUGCCCAGGGCAUUCAUGCUUUUGAUUACCACUCUCGGCUCAAUUUAAUUGCAACGGCUGGCAUCAACAAUAAAGUCUGCCUUUGGAAUCCCUAUGUUGUCUCUAAACCAGUUGGUGUUCUAUGGGGUCAUUCAGCCAGUGUCAUAGCAGUCCAGUUCUUUGCUGAAAGAAAACAACUCUUCAGCUUUUCGAGAGAUAAAGUUCUGAGACUCUGGGAUAUUCAACACCAGCUGUCCAUUCAAAGGAUAGCUUGUUCUUUCCCCAAAAGUCAAGACUUCAGGUGCCUUUUCCACUUUGAUGAAGGCCAUGGGCGACUUUUCAUCUCCUUCAAUAAUCAGCUUGCCUUGUUGGCCAUGAAAAAUGAAACCAGCAAGAGGGUGAAGAGCCAUGCGAAAGGGGUCACCUGCGUCCUUUACCAUUCCCUCCUGAAGCAGGUAAUCAGCUCUGAUGUGGGGUCUACUGUUUCCUUCUGGAUGAUAGAGACUGGGCAGAAAAUCAAACAGUUUUCUGGUUGCCAUGGCAAUGCAGAGAUCAGCACCAUGGCCCUGGAUGCAAAUGAGACCCGGCUUUUGACUGGCAGCACAGACGGGACUGUAAAGGUGUGGGAUUUUAAUGGAUAUUGUCACCACACACUAAAUGUUGGACAAGAUGGAGUUGUGGAUAUUUUACAGAUCCUGGUUCUUAAGAAGAGUAUCCUGGUUGUGGGCUGGGAGAGAGCAGUUACUGUGUUUCGACCCCAGAACUUCAAUCAGUUUUCCAUCCAGUCUGAAGAGUGGAAAGGGGGAAUCCAUCACCAAGAUGACAUCUUGUGUGCUGCAUUUUUACCCCCGCAAACUCUUGCUACAGGGAGCUAUGAUGGAGAAAUUGUUCUGUGGAAUAGCAGCACAGAAAAUGCUCACCAUGUCCUUCACCCUGAUUACCAGAGGCAGCUAACAUCCAAAUUAGACCCAGCAGCCCAAAAGCUUAAUGCCAAGGGAAGCUGUUCAGUGCACUGCAUGGCAGAGCAGGCCACACUGGCUGCCCGAAAUUUUGAGAUUGACACAGAAGGUAAUAAUGCUGUUAUGAAGCUUUGCUUCCUUGAAGCAAGAAAAACCAAUGCAGCAACAGGAGGUGCUAACCUGGUGUCAUGUGGAGCAUCUGGUUAUGUCAGGUUCUGGGACACAUUUAAGAAAGAACUUUUGGCUGAAUUUUUGGCUCAUGCUGGAGUUGGAUCCAUUGUUAUGUCUACUGAUAAACAAAAUCAGUGCCUUGCCACUGGAGAUUCCGAUGGAUGGUUGAAAAUCUGGAAUAUAGAGGACUAUUGUUCUAAUUCCACUGGGAACAAAAUCACCCAGUCUCCACCUUUGCUCAGAUCAUUUCAGCCCCAUGAAGACCGGAUAAGUUCCUUGCAGAUGUGUGAGUCAGGUGACCAUUUGCUCAUCAUUUCCUCCUCUGCAGACUGCAGCGUCUGUGUGACUGGACUUUGUGAUGCCCCUGCUUUGACCUUUGGUCAGGCAAGCCAUUGGGAUAUUGAAAACUAUUUUUCUUUUCCUACAAGAGAUGCUAAUUUAAUAGAAAGUAAAAGUCAAGAGGAAAGAAUGAAAAUAAAUCCUUUAUUUUCUAAAGAGGAGUCAUGCUCAGACUCAACGCAAGUCUCUUUACCUACUGAGGAAAGUAAAGCCGAUUCAACACACAUAUCAUCAGAAGAAAUAAAUUUCAGCCUGAAAUAUAAGAACAGAAACAUCUAUAAGAAAAAAGCACAUAAACCUUGCUAUCGUGAAAUUAUACAAAAAUCAGCCAGCACCUUUAGGUCCUUAUGCCUUAGCACAUUGAAAGAGCUUCCUGAAGUGAAUCAACCUGCAUUUCUUCUAGACCCCCACAAGUACUUUAAGGAAGAGCCAGAGGAAGAUGAGCACCGAAUUCCAGAGCUUCCUUUGCUCUCUGAAACUUUGAAAGCUGUAUUUGAUGAGAAAAUCCUGUUUCCCAAAGAAAUUCUCGAUCAUGAAAGACAAGACAAGCAAUUAUGUCAAGAAGCAAAUGGUGACAUGAAGAUAAAAAGAAAAAAGAAGCAAUUGUGAUCAAACAGAAAACAAACACAGCUCUGUGACGUACAGUCUUCAGACUCUGUUUUGUUUUCACUCAGAAUCAUCCCUUUCUGUAUAAUCUAAGAAGGAAUAUAAGACUGGCUUAAGGUGGGGCAUGCCAGUUGCUUUUAUCAGAAGAAGUUCUUUUACCUAGUUGUCCCUGUAAUUGCCCCUGUAUGCAAACACUUAUAAUGUGUUUUAUUAUAAAAUAUCCGUUAACAUUUAUAAAACACUAGCAAUUCAUUGAAAACAAUCAUUUGAAAUUUUGAUGUUCCCCCUCUUUAUAAUUUAUUUUUUCUUAAUGAUUUUCAUAUUGACAAUUAGACAUUGACAAUAGGAGCAUGUCUUAAUUCUUUUUAAACAUGCUAAAAAAACCCAAAAAUAUAUUUUUGUAAUUUUAGCUGUACAAAUUUGUGGUGUACACUGUUAAAAUUUGGUAUGUUUUAAUGAUCAAAUUGGAAUUGUCAGCAUUUAAUAGGUAUUAAGUAUUUUCAAGUAGUUUUGCUUAACAUGCGAUCAUUGAGCCUGUGAGUAUACUCCGUGAGGCUAAUAUUUCAACACAUAUAUAUUAUAUGUAGUAGUCAAAUCAUGAUAAUACAUAUUUCCAGAUAAUUUUAGAGUUGUUUCCCUCACUUAUGCCCUUAAUCAGAGAUUGAUGGGAGUAAACUGCUUCUGUAUUUGAACACUGAGUGGCAAACAUUAAAAUGAAGCAAAGUCCUUGCAACAUCGUAAAGUCAUCAGUGUCCAAGAAGAGCCCAGUAUGCAAUGUUUGUUCUUAAACUUACUCAUUUUCCUUGUGGCAAAUCUUUCUUGAUGUUCAUCAUGCUCUGGGAAAUCAAUAUUGCUGUUAUUGUGUCCUUCAGAAAAAUGAAUAAAUUCAUUUCCACAUA